AUGACUUCCGUCGACUCAUCAGACAUCCCACCCGGUUUUUUCUCCACCUUUUCCAUCUCUGACCCACACAAUCCGGCAUCCGGGCACAUCGUCAAGGCCCAAAAACGCAACCGGCGCGUCUUCGUCUGCAUUCCCUGCCAUCGCCGGAAGCUGAAAUGUGACAAGCUGCUUCCGUGCUCUCGGUGUACGGCGGCCGAAAUGGCAGACGAAUGCUCGUACAUGCCACCGCCAUCGCAUGCUGCGAGCCGCUCGAAAAGGGGACAAGAUCGAAAGGUUGUCGAUCGUCACAAAUCCAUCUCUCUCUGUGUCUUCGGUAUCGUCGCACCUGUCAUCUUUGACGCCUUGUCCUUCAUCGUCUCCAUCUCGGUCGCCUUCCCCGUUGCCUCCGAGCCCAACCAACCCAAAGCAAACGACAGCGUAUACGGACUCAAACGGCGAGACAUACGGACAGACAGAUUUCAGGGUGAUCCAAAGCAACAACAGCAGGGGUUCCAGGCCAUUGAAUGGCGUGUCACACUGGAGCCGAAUUGCAUGCGAGAGGCCCUCCCAUAUCUGUUUGGUACAGAUUUACAGUGGCAACAGAGGUACUGCCAAAUCAAGAGCCUCAAAUACCUGUUUCCCUGUCUCGACGACAACGUCAAUUUCCCUUUUAGCAACACAAGCCCGGCUAUCAAGGGCCAGAUUCUCGGCUCUCUGCCAUCUGACGAUGUUGUCGAUACGCUCGUAAACAAUUAUCUCGGCUCAUUCGGGGCCACUCAUUGCCUUUUCCACCCGGCACAGCUGCGGUACGAGGUCCAGCAGUUUUACAAUGCGCGCUCCGAGGUGUCCGACGAAUGGCUUGCCCAGCUUUGCAUGAUUCUCGCACUCGGUGCCGAAUCCUUGCCUGACUCUCUCUUCAGUGGCUCGGGCCAGUCUUCCACGGAAUGGUCAAACAUCUUUCUGAACGCAGCCCAGGCCUCAUUUGGCCGCUCGUCCUAUAUGGUGGCGCCAACCCUCUGUACCGUUCGCACGCUCUGCAUGAUGCUUCUGGCUAAGUUGGUCGAAGCACAGGCCAGUGGUGGCAGCACCAGUGGAAACAAUGGAGACAUCGGGCGCGACAGUGCUACCAGAGAGAGUAGCGACGGCAUACCGUCUUGCACGAACGGCUACUCGCCUCUUGUAUCUCUCAUGGCAUUCACAAUGAGCACAGCCAGAUCUCUGCUUCUACACCGCUCAACGAAGACUGGGAUACAAGCGUUUCGCAGGUCAGAUCACCCAGACGCGGGCAAGCCUACAGCAGCAGACAGUGUCGAAGCAGAAACGAAGCGUCGGAUAUGGGUCACGGUCCAGCUUCUUGACCUCAAGACAGCUCUCCGAGCCGGUAUGAUCACAAUGCAGAAACCGGGAGACUAUGACACUGAACUGCUACGGCCUCUACCGAUCUCAAACGUACCGUGCAGUAGAAGCGACUGCAGUGCUAUCUACGAAGGGUCAAGUUGCACCCAUAUUGGUACGAAGGAAGGGUCUGGGUACUCGUAUUUGAGAUCAAUUCCAUCGAACGACUAUGGCUUCCAAGCUACACACACAAUGCCCACAAGCGCCAGAACCGACGGCUUUCAUGGUGACCCCGAUGGUCUCUACCAGCACAAACUAGCAGCCUUCAUGCCGCUGCUUGUCGCAAUGGUAAACUCAGCCAACUCACCCACCACGCCCAGCCCGGGAUACUCUCGAAUCAAAUUAUGGCAUGCACGCACUCGCAAGCUUCUGGCCGAGGCCAAAGCGGCCCUUCUUCCUGGCCCAGCAGUAGGUCCGCAUGCAAUGGAAACCAGCGCCAGCGUUGGCUGGCAGCAGCUGGGCGUGGAGACGUUCGACCCAAUCACUUCAGCCGGCCAAAUGCAGCGAGCAAAAGUCCAAUACCAGCAUCUUGAGGCACUGGCCAAUCGCGCCUUGCUUGCACUACACCACGGCUCGUUCUGUCAGUCCCUGGUACGACCGAAUGAGAGGAUUCCAAGUCGAGAAUCGGCAGAGCUGUCCUCUCUGCAUGAACUUUCGAAGGCUGCUGUUGUCGAAAUCUCGGUUGCCUUGCUCAACACCCACGGAGUAUGGGCUGCACCGAUAACCGCGAAUGCCAAUCGCUGCCCGAGCACCUGCACAAAUCUCACGACAUCAGCAACAGCAACGGCCACAGUGGCAAGUGUGGAUUCACCAUACUUGUCCUUGUUGCACCUGCCAGCUGGCGGUGACCAUAUGAUGGGACUAAUCAAACCCACCGCCGCAGAGAUAAUGAUUCAACAGCAGCAGCAGCAGCAGCAGCAACAACAACAACAACAACAACAACAACAACAACACCAACAACACCAACAGCAACAAGCAACAGCAACAGCAACAGCAACAGCAACAGCAACAGCAACAGCAACAGCAACAGCAACAGCAACAGCAACAGCAACAGCAACAGCAACAGCAAGAACAGCAUCGCCUACUGCAGCAGCUGCCCAUCCCACUUUCGGGACGAUCCUCGCCAGCCAUGUUCGGGUGUGGUAG